CUACUACCAGGUGGCAUCCCUGGCACACAGCACAUUUUUAGGUUUACGCAAUUUCGACCCCAAAGAUUUUCCUUGAGCUGCAAAAGGCCUUUUGCCCCCUGCCAGGACAGCUAAAUCUACACCCUUGAAAGCGCGAAGAGGAAGCCCACAAUCAUGUCACAUGCAUUUGCCGCUGCCGUCUGCCGGUCCACCGCAUCCAUGUCUUUGGCUGUGCGUAGUAGCCGGCGGGCUAUGAGCUCGACAAGAAUGCUGCGUCUGGCGAGUGCCACUGCCUCUUCCACUGCCUGCAAGGAUUGGCAGCGAAAUGGACUUCUCUCUGCCCCAAGGUUCGGCAACCUGCAGUAUCUCAGACAGUACGCCAAUGAGAAGAAGGUUUUCGAACGGACCAAACCUCAUUGCAAUGUAGGGACCAUCGGCCAUGUAGAUCACGGCAAGACUACACUGACGGCGGCCAUCACUAAGGUCCUGGCCGACAAACAGCUGGCUGAGAGCAAGAAGUACAACGAGAUCGAUAAUGCUCCCGAGGAGAAGGCCCGUGGCAUCACCAUCAAUGUGGCUCAUGUAGAAUACCAAACGGAGACGCGGCACUACGGCCAUACGGAUUGUCCUGGACAUGCGGAUUACAUUAAGAACAUGAUCACCGGUACUGCUCAGAUGGACGGUGCUAUUCUCGUGGUGGCCGCUACCGAUGGUGCUAUGCCCCAAACUCGGGAGCACAUGUUGCUUGCAAAGCAGAUUGGCAUCGAUCACAUUGUGGUGUUCAUCAACAAAGUAGACGCCGCCGAUCAAGAGAUGGUCGAUCUGGUUGAAAUGGAGAUCAGGGAGCUGCUUACCGAGAUGGGCUAUGAUGGCGACAAGAUUCCCGUUGUGAAGGGCUCGGCGCUGUGCGCUCUGGAGGACAAAAGUCCCGAGAUUGGCAAGGAGGCUAUCCUCAAGCUUCUGGAGGAAGUUGAUAGCUUUAUUCCCACACCAGUGCGCGAGCUGGAUAAACCAUUCCUUCUGCCCGUUGAGAACGUUUACUCCAUUCCCGGUCGCGGAACCGUCGUCACUGGCCGUCUGGAGCGUGGAGUGGUUAAGAAGGGCAUGGAGUGUGAGUUCGUGGGAUACAACAAGGUGUUGAAGUCAACGGUAACAGGGGUGGAGAUGUUCCACCAAAUCCUGGAGGAGGCACAGGCUGGUGACCAGCUUGGAGCCCUGGUGCGUGGCGUUAAGCGUGAUGACAUCAAGCGCGGCAUGGUCAUGUGCAAGCCAGGCAGUGUAAAGGCUCUCGAUCAGCUGGAGGCCCAGGUGUACAUUCUAUCUAAGGAGGAGGGUGGCCGUACCAAGCCCUUCAUGUCCUUCAUUCAACUUCAGAUGUUUUCACGCACUUGGGAUUGCGCCGUACAGGUGCAGAUUCCCGACAAGGAGAUGGUCAUGCCCGGCGAGGACACUAAGUUAAUCCUGCGCCUAAUCCGGCCCAUGGUCCUGGAGCAGGGACAGCGCUUUACGCUCCGCGACGGAAACCUGACGCUUGGAACCGGCGUCGUCACCAACACAAUGCCCGCCUUGACUGAAUCGCAGCGAUCUGAGCUGACUGAGGGCAAAAAAGCUCGCGAAAAGAAGUUAGAGGCCAAGAAGUAGGGUGCCGUAACGCCGUCAGUCAUUAACUGAAAUCAUAUUAUUAAGCGAUUUUUAUGCAUACUGUAUACAUAAGUUGUUGGCGCUCCAAUCACAGUCGAGUAAAAUAAAAACAAAGACCCUAAGGAGAAAA